UCAUCUACAUCGUCCCUUUGGGGUUUUUCAUGUUAUAUUGAGACUCGAUUGUUUUCGACGUCUCCAAUGCGAUUUUGAUGUGUAGCAAUCUUAAUAUCUGGAUUAUGUAAGGAAACACCACCAUCGAAAUUGGUUAUUCAGCUGGUGCAAAUUUGUUAUGCUAAAUUGUAAUUGAAGGUAAGCCUCAUGGAAAGUCCCCACUCUGUCAACAGUCCAAGAAGAACACUCAGUCUGUCAAAACAGCGAAGGACGACUGUGUCGUUUGUAGAUCCCGAUGACAAAAACUCUGGCUUUGGAUUGUCUGGGGAUCAUGGCCCUAAGCCUUCAGAAGUUUACGGUUUUGUGGGAUCUAUAACCACUGUUGUUGCUUCAGUUAUUUUCUUGGUAUGGGCAUAUGUUCCGGAAUCAUGGCUACAAUCUAUUGGCAUCUCUUACUAUCCUAGCAGAUAUUGGGCUCUGGCAGUUCCAAGUUAUGUGAUGGUGACCAUUGUAUUAAUGCUGGUAUUCUACAUUGGCCUUAACUUCAUUUCAACACCUCCCCCUACUUCUAUAAACACAGUUUUUGAUGAAUUCAGUAGGGAUCCUUUGAGUCUUGAUUGUUCUCUAGAGGGAGAUGAGAAACCCAUCCAACCGAUAUCAGAUAUUGGCAUUGACAGAAUCAACGAUGUUAUGUUCAAUAAUGCUACCUAACAAUCAUACCUUUCUUCAAUUUAUAUGGUGGGAAUUGCUGCCAAACAGGUGCUGCAAAUCUGUACUCUUGCACGAGAGGUUAUAGCUAUUAGACGUGAAAUUGAUUAUCAUGCUGUUUGGCAACUUUUUUUUUUUAAGUGAAAAGUUACUUUUAAGGUAAAACUAAAAAGAAGAGCUUUAAGAAUAAAGCUACAAGCU